GUGAAUACGAAAUACGGAUGUUAUUCUAUGCUGAUGACUUCGUGGGUAUUUGUAGGCGUUUAGCUCAUUUGUGUUUGUACUACUGAAAGGUGUCUAGUGAGGUAUUUCAUUGGGAAGUAAAAUGGCCGGUCAGAAGUGUGCUGAUUUGCCUGGCAUUGCUUAUGAUCAACUUGAUGUCUAUGAGACAGCUGACUUACCAGAAUCUGAUCAGAAUACUGACUUCUAUGAGGAAGAAUCUGACUCCAUUGAACGCCUUCAUAUCAGUGCCAGUGAAGCAUUCAACAGGUUCAAAGGAAAAACAUUGGAUGCUAAAGGAAUUGACUUUUCUGAUCGAUUAAGUAAAAGAUUGCGGACAGGAUAUGAUGCCAGAUCUGGAGAUUGGGAGUUGGUUGGAAGUGGGGAGAAGGAAACCCCACUCCAAAAAUAUCAGAGACUUCAGUGUGAGAUGAAGGAACUGGUGGAGGAAGUUGCACAUUUGAAAGACACGGUGAAAGAUGAAAGAAACCUGGAAAGCAUGUCAUCUGUGCUGCUAUGUAGUCAGGUAGAGGACGUGCAGAAGCGGCUGGCUGAACUGUGUCUUGAAGAGGCUCUGGGCUCUGAACUCAUCACAAACUUAGCAGAUCCUCAAGGAUCCCAGCUCAGGAGGUUGUUUGCGCAGUUGGAAAGCUUCAAGCUAAGUGGUGUUCCAUCUGACAAGCCAGGGAAGACAAAGACUGAACCUGGUGUAGCUGGACAGAGUGAUACAGUGACAUAUGAACUCACCUAUCGACCAGAGCAAGCACAUCUCGUUCAAGUUUCUCGUGUCGCUGACUUAGAGCAGAGACUGCAUAAGCUGGAGACCAUAUUAGGAGCGACUUCUGACAAAAUGGCACGUUUAUCACUGGACACCCAGCACAAGAGUCUGGUAGAGGUUGCGCAGCAGUUGAGCGCAAAAGCGAACCUCUUAGAUUCUGCACAGUUGGACCAUAUUGAGGGCAGACUUACUGCACUUGCCCAGAAGAUGGACAGUAUUAAUGAGAAGACCGCAGCCACACCUGAGGACGCCGAAAGGAAUCAGAAGGUGAAUGAAUUAUAUGAAUUGGUGAAGAAAACUGAAACAUUGUCCCAGAUUUUGCCUCAAACCUUGGAUCGUUUGUUAUCCCUAGAAUCUCUGCAUAUACAAGCUGUGGACUUCAAAAAAUCUUUGACCCAGCUGGAAGCUCUGCAGCAACAGAUCAUAAGCAAUCUACAGGUCAAUGACACCGUUUUGAAAGAUGUCCAAGGAAACUUCAGUCAGAACUUGGAUACAAUUAGAAAUAAUAUAAGCAGAUUGGAAGCUCGCAUUGCUGUUCUGAACAAGAAAUGAGUGCUAAAAAAUGCUUUUAUUGUUAAUGGGUUUAUUUAAUAAUAACAAAAAUAUAUAAUAUGCUAUAUUCAAGCUAUUUAUAAACACAUUAAAGUGGAUGAGAACUGAAAUUAAUGUUGUGAGCUUUAGGUCUUUAUGCAAUAUCAAGCAAAUUUCAUGGUGUGCAAAUUUCAGGAAAGAAAUGUACCAUCAUCACGUGUGCACUUCUUUUAUUUUAGCAGGGACAGACAAAUUCUUUUAGUUUAUAAUGAUAAAGUUGUAAAAUGUUUUAACAUUUCUAAUGCCUGCUUAAUAUGCACUCUUGAAAACAUAGGAGGAUGGAGAUUGAUCUGUGAAGCUAAGUCUUAUUCCUGGUGUUCACACUGCAUAUGGCAGAAUUAGUUUGAAAAUGUUCUUGGUUAUUUACAAUGAAGUUCAUUUAUGAGAAUAUGUAUUUACAUGGAAGAGAUAUUAAUCUCUUACACAGACUUCUGUAUGAAUUUCUAGGUUUGACAUCAGCCCUUAAUCUAAAAAUUUUCUUUUGUAAAGUGAAUAUCUUUUUGUUGUUAGAUGAGUUACCCAAACAAUUAUUCCAUAUAAGAUUUGGGGUUUUCACAGCGGUGAGUAUGAAGAUUUCUGUCUUCUGGGUUGUUGCGCUGUGUAGUCUGGUCGAUGUCAACCAACGUCAUCAGGGCAAUAAGCAUCGCCCUGAUGACGGAGGCAGUAUGACCUCUGAAACGUUGGUUAACAUCGACCAGACUACACAGCGCAACAACCCAGAAGACAGAAAUCUUCAAUUAUUCCAUACUUCCAUAUAAAGUGAAAAUAGGCAAAGUAAAGUUACUUGAGUGUUGCUGACAUACAACAUAGAUAUAACUGUGUAACAUGUUCCAGUAUGAUUUGUCCAGUUAAGGUGGUUAUGAAUUUACAAACCCAGGAAUUUUGUGUUUACUGACUUUUGUACAUACUUUCCAUUAUGAUCAAUACUUAAAGCAUGUUGUGGUGAGUUAUGUGUUAUAAAUGUUAUAUUUAUUUCAUCUAGAUUUAGAGUCGGCUUAUUAGCAGUAAACCAUUUACUCAUAUGAGAGAAUUGUGAUGUAUGCCUGUGCUCAAUUAAUAACUUGAUUAUGCCUUUAAUAAACUUAUAUUUUGUGUGAUCUUAGCUGUGAUGUGUGUUUGCCAUUAAUAAAUGGAUAAUGAUUGUAA